GAGCGGCUUUGGCGGACCUCGCCGCGGUGGUGGUCGGGAUUCUGGCAGAGUCUGGGCCUGGGUGGAAGGGAGGGGACUGGAGAUGACAGAAGGCUGUAGGAGUAGUUCUCUCUGCGGCGGGUGGCGAGAGAGGGUAUGAUGGGGCACCUGAGGCGUUAAGAGGAGGACCCUUGGCCGGUCCCGGCAUGGCUGGCCUCAUCAAGAAGCAGAUCCUGAAGCACCUGUCCAGGUUUACAAAGAACCUCUCCCCUGAUAAAAUCAACUUGAGCACACUCAAAGGACAGGGGCAGCUGACUAACCUCGAGCUGGAUGAAGAAGUUCUGCAGAAUGUACUGGAAUUGCCCACCUGGCUUGCCAUUACGCGGGUUUUUUGUAACAAGGCUUCCAUCAGGAUCCAGUGGACAAAGCUGAAGACGCACCCAAUCUGUCUGUAUUUAGAUAAAGUUGAAGUGGAGAUGCGAACAUGUGAAGAGCCCCGGCAACCCAAUGGACAGUCUCCUAUUGCACUUGCAUCAGGACAAAGUGAAUAUGGCUUUGCCGAGAAGGUAGUAGAGGGUAUGUUUAUUGUUGUCAAUUCCAUCACCAUCAAGAUCCACUCCAAGGCCUUCCAUGCUUCUUUUGAACUGUGGCAGCUUCAAGGAUACAGUGUCAACCCCAACUGGCAGCAAAGUGACCUCCGCUUUACCCGCAUCACUGAUUCACACAGGGGAGAGGUUUUAACAUUUAAAGAACUCACCUGGCAGACUCUUCAGAUAGAGGCAGAUGCUACAGAAAAUGGAGAUCAAGAUUCUGUCACCACCCCCCUAAGACUUAUUACCAACCAGGGCAGAAUCCAAAUAUCUCUUAAGAGAAAGACCAAGGAUUGUAACGUGGUGGCAUCAAAGCUCAUAUUCCUUCUUGAUGACUUGCUGUGGGUGCUGACUGAUUCUCAGCUGAAGGCAAUGAUGAAGUAUGCAGAGUCCUUAAGUGAAGCCAUGGAGAAGUCGGCCCAGCAGAGGAAAAGUUUGGCUCCUGAACCUGUCCAGAUCACACCUCCUGCUCCAAAUGCUCAACAGUCCUGGCCACAAUCAUUUGGGAGCAGCCAAAAAGCGAUCAGCCAGUACUUUGAGAAACAUGAUAUGAAAGAGUCUUCCUACCAUCUUCUCAUCUCUCGUCUGGACCUUCACAUCUGUGAUGACAGUCACACUCGAGAGACAGGUGCUUCCAAACAUGGAAUAAAGGGAGGUGCAAUGCAACUAACAUUUAGGAGGCUGGCCUUUGACUAUUAUCCUUUCCACUGGGCAGGAGACAGCUGCAGACACUGGGUGCGAUAUUGUGAUGCCAUGGAAACCCGGGAACAGUGGGCAAAAAAGUUGGUGGAUGAAUUUCAAAGCAAGAUGGGAAAACAUGGUGAAGAAUUAAGCUCUGCCUUCUCCAAAGCUAUGGGAAGAGAAUCUCCCUUCAAAAAGAGAUCAGAUGCUCUUUCUAGUUCUCAAAAAAGCUCACCAGAGAAGGGGAUACCUCAAGCAAGCAUACCACAUCCUAUCCUGUUUGGACUCCAGCGGCCUGCAUGGAAUAGACUCCGGUCCAGCUGUGUGGUUGUCCGAGUUGAUGAUUUGGAUAUUCAUCAGGUUUCAACAGCUGGGCAACGAAGUAAGAAACCCUCAACCCUGCUCUCAUGUAGGAGGAAAUUAUUGAAUCUUCCUGACCAUACCUCAGCCAUCCAUAUUGAGUUCACGGAGUACUACUUCCCAGACAAUCCAGAUUUUCCAGUCCCAUGUCCAAAUCUCUACCUGCAGCUGAAUAGUUUGAUUUUCACCUUGGACACAGUAAGCAUGCUUUGGGUGAACUUGUUCUGCCUUGAUCUCUAUCGUAGUUUACAGCAAUUCAAAGCUAUAUACAAACUAGAGAAUUCUGGCAAGCAGGAUGAGCACAUUGAUGUUAGACUGGAUGGCUUCAUGCUAAAGCUAAACAUCCCUGUAGAGAAGAAAGUGAUUGAUCACCGAGACCGUCCCCAAUGCCUGUCCAUUCACACAUCAGAAAUGACAGCUACCAACACGAGGCAUGCUCCUCACUGCAGUUGUUUGGCCCUCCAGAACCUGUUCCGCAGAUUUGCUGCUUCAGAAUUCUUCCACUCCAGCUACACCCAGUUUCCUAAAUUUCAGGAUAACUUCAGCCUCCUUCAUACCCUCUUCUUACGUCAUGCAUACCAAGUGGAGACUCAAGCCCAGAAACAUACAGACUGUCGGCUUUCCUCUGGGAAGUCCUCAGCUUCUGAAGACCUUUGGUCUGUUAAUUUCACCGAACUCUCCCUGGACUUUGAGGGGACAAAGAGCUCAAAAGGCAAAGCUCUUAACUUUAUCAACCCAUUCCCACUCUGUGUAUGGGGUUGCCUCCCGAAGAGAUGGGAGAUGGCCCAAGCAUCAAUGCUGCAGUUCUCUUCCACCUCACAAGUUAAAAUCAAGCCUUCUGCUAGUUUUAGUAACCAUGCCAAACAUCAGGACCUUUCCAGAGAGGAGCAGUUCUGUCAAAGAUCAAAGACCGAGCAGGAUUUGAAAAGCAUCUCCCUCACCCCAGAGACAAAGGAAGUCUUGGAAGAAGGCAUCUGCAGUGUUAAUGGUGAAGGAAAUAUUGAUGACAUGGAAGUAUCUGCUGAUGUCCAUAUUCUUCUGUAUUCAAGUGCACAUGUGAAGGUGCAACUCAACCAUUACCAGUAUUUGAUGCUUCUUAGGAUGAAGGAAGUGCUCCAGACUUUUCAAGAGCAAUUGACCCAAGACACUCAGGAAAUAAUUGGGUCUCCUCUAGAUUCCAUAACCACUUGUAUGGGCAUCAUGUUCAACAGCACUGAAUUGGCCUUACUAAUGCAUCCUACUCCAGGUUCUGCAUUGGAACCUAGGUCUAUGGGUUCAGAUACUACAAGUCUAAUAGAAUCUGAACUCUCGCCUUCAGACAGCAGGGAGGGACUUGUUACUGAAGGCAGGGAAUUGAGAUCAGAUGCUAGCUCAGAGAAGGAAGAUGGCAGCCCCACAAAGAUACUAGAAGACAGUGAAACUGAGAACACAGAUACAAAUGUGACUCCAUUGCAAGAUGGAAUGCUGAAAUCCCAGAGUGGUGGAUCCCUAGCAGGAGAAGAAUUUCACAGUCAAACCACUAUGGAAAGAGGUCCUAUAGAAGAAGCACAUGAAGCUGAAGAAAUCCUUGGUGUAGGAAGACCAAGUGAGCUCAGUAAUCUUUCUCAGACUUCUCAGGGUCUUCUUUGUAGCCCAUCUUCCUUUGUAGAUCCUUUGGGUAGCAUACAAGUCUCUCCCAAUGGACAAGAAGAGGUGAUGCCUUUGAAAAGCAUGGAGAUGGAGUUAUCUAGUGCAUUGCAUAUAACUAAGGGUGCCACCAAAGAAGCCUUGCAUGUGACCAUGGACCUCACCAAAGAAGCUAUGUCAAUGACAAAAGAUGCUUUUAGCUUGAGUAGGGAAAAGAUGGCUUCCACGAUGCAGAAAAUGUUAUUCCACCCCCAAAUUAAGGAUCCCGCACCUAAGGCUGAAGAGGGGCUGUUGACUCCAGUGGGAGGCAAUAGCGGACGAAUGCGUUUCUUCUCCAUGAAGAGGACCGCCUCCCAACAUUCCUUUGACACCAGCUCACUAGAUGGCAGUGGUCCUGAAGACAGGUUGUCAGUGGACAGCGAUGGUAGUGAUGGUUUUGUGAUGCUUAUGGACUCUGAGUCUAGCCUGGAUCCUCUUACCCCAGGACACCUUCCCCAGGUCCAUGAUGAUACAGACAUCAGAGUAAGCCCAAUGGCAGAUGAGGAAAGAGGAUCAACAUAUAUCAACAGCUCAGCUUCUCAGAGUGGACAAGACUCCAGCCCCCAGCUGGUAUCUGUCUUGGUGAUGAAAAUGAAUGAAGUAAACUGUGUGAUAGAGACAAAAGGAGAUGAUAUGGGACUUGCCCUUCAAGUUGUGGAGCUAACCCCUGCACACCUAGGAAAUAUAAGUAUGUGGCAGUAUCUGCAAAAUGAGUGCACAGGAGAUCUAAACUCAGAGAGACCUACAACCAGUGAAACUAACCUGACCCAGCCUGAGGUGCGUUUACAGUAUGAAAUAGGACCGAGCGCUAUAGUGCACUCACCUCUGGCUGUUCAGAAUGGAUUUUUCCAUAUGAUCGUUCACAGCUAUCAUGCAGAGCUGCUGACAUCCUAUCUCUCCAGCAUUGCUUCCUUCCUUGAGGAUGAGGUGAUCCCUCAAGUUAUUCCCAUGAAGAUUGAAAUUGUGGACACCACGAUUACUCUGAAAGAUGACACUCCUCGGGUGUACCCUACGUCGCCUGGUCCUAUCCCUGUAAUCCUAGCAGUGGACCACAUUGUUGUUUGUUGUAAUGAUGAUGGAGUGUUCUUUAUAACAGCUUCUGAGGGGGAAGGUUCUAUGCAGAAGAAGCUUCAGAAAGACCUUAAAAAACAGCAAAUCCCGGUAGAGAGAAUCUCUGCAGUUUCAGUAGGAACGAGUGACAAGCUACAGCUAAAAGAAGUGCCUGCUUUGGAGAGAGAGUUACAGAUCACCAAAAAAGCUCUUGCAGAAGCCAAUCUGGACAAAACACGCCUACUACAGGAAAUUAGGAAAUAUGACCCUCUCUUCCAGCUUUGACAGCAGAGGACUGGGCUACAGAUGCUCAGGCAACCAGAGGUCACCAGCAGUUUAAAAAAGCUUGCUUGUUACAUAACAGCUACCUAGGCCAUUUCCAAUCCAGAGUAACUGCCUUGAGGAACAGAAAACGAGUGCCAUUACAGGAGAUGGAACAUGGAAGUUGAGGGGCAGCAAGAGAACAUGUGGGAAUGAGAUGAUCUGAAGUGUUGGGUUUUACAGUGUCUAGAUGGGAUGAAACUGCAUUUCAACUGAAACAUGGCAGCACUGAAUCUAAAAAGCUACAAAGCCAAACAAGGAAGAACCAGGUGUCUAUCCUGUCCAAGUUAUCUACAAGUGGUGCUGAAAAAAAUAACUAAUCUUUCUCAUCAUAAUCUGCUUCAUUCCUGUUAAAGGUGAUGGGUAGUGUUGAGGACAUGCUUGUUGUACACCAAAGCAGUAAGGUGAAUCUUCUUAGUUGAAGCAUUGUUAGACACUGAAAAUAAAUUUCUUGGAACGUUGGUGCAGCAGCAUGAGCCUGGAGCAUAGAAAGAUGAGGAUGGGGUACAGGCCCAGCAGAGGAAAUAGAUUGCUAGGACCAGAAAGUUAAAAAUCCAUAAUCAGUCCUGAUAUGAAAAAGACAGUUAGGUGGUUGCAAUGUUCCAUUAAACUGUUUUUUUCUUACUCUCCCCUUUUCCAAUAACACUCUGUUUAAUAGAGUGUUUCAUCAGCUUUCCUCACGCUUCUUCAUAAGCACACUUGAUCUCCUUCACUGUUGCCUUCUUGCAGCAUCACAACCCUUACUGGGUGUAACUUGGAGAGAAACUGCCUGAUUGACAAGUGUUCCAUCCUUGACAGUUGAAAUGUGUUGGAAGUACAUUUCCUUUGCAUUACACUACACUGAUAAGCUUGGACAGAACAGAGGAAGUGGGUUCUGCCAGUUCCCUCUGUACUUAGAACUUCAUUGGGUACAUGAUGAAUGACAAACUAUCCUGCAACAUUCUGUAAUCCAGAUUAAUGCUGGUAGAAAUUGUUUUAGUGUGUGAUUGUAAAGUUGCUGAAUGCUCAACCCUUUUCUCUUUCUGAUUUCACUUGCGGUAUGCUAUUUAGAAUGAAUGAAACAGCAGCAGUUAAGCUCUGAAACAAGCUUGGCCACUUCUAGUUUUCUUUGAUGCUUCCAUAAAGAUGUUGUUGCAUGUGAAACAAUUUUAGAGGGGCUUUUGUCCAAAAGCAGUUUUAACAAGGAAGACAUGAUGAAGCCUUCAUGGUAAAUGGUAAAAAACGAGGAAAGAAAGACUCCAUCAAUUUAUUUAUUUAUUUAUUUAUUUAUUUUAUUCAGCUUAUAUCCCGCCCGACUAGCAAAUAGCUCUCUGGGCGGCAAACAUAGAAACAUAUACAAUAAUAAAAUUACAAGAUCAAUAUAACAAAUAUAAAAGUACAUCAUCUAAAAUACCAAUUACAACAUUUACAUAAAUAACUUAGAUUAAAAUGCUUCAGAGAAGAGAAAGGUUUUAACCUGGCGCCGAAAAGAUAAUAGUGUCGGUGCCAGGCGUACCUCCUCGGGGAGACUAUUCCACAAUUCGGGGGCCACCACUGAGAAGGCCCUAGAUCUUGUUACUACCCUCCGGGCUUCCCUAUGGGUCAGGACCCGGAGGAGGGCCUUCGUAGUAGACCGUAGUGUACGAGCCGGUUCAUAACGGGAGAGGCAUUCCUGCAGGUAUCGUGGUCCCGCGCUGUAUAAGGCUUUAUAGGUUAAUACCAACACUUUGAAUCUGGCCCGGUAGCAUAUUGGAAGCCAGUGCAGGCGAGCCAGAACAGGUGUUAUAUGCUCAGACCGCUUAGUUCUUGUUAGCAGUCUGGCCGCCGUAUUUUGCACUAGCUGUAGCUUCCGAACCGUCUUCAGAGGUAGCCCUACGUAGAGCACAUUGCAGUAGUCCAAACGUGAGGUUACCAGAGCAUGAACCACUGAUGUAAGGUCCUCCUUACUCAGAUAGGGACGUAGCUGGGCUACCAACCGAAGUUGGUAAAACGCUUUCCGUGCCACCCAGGCUACAUGGGCCUCGAGUGAUAGGGAAGAGUCUAAAACGACUCCCAAACUACGAACCUGAUCCUUUAGGGGGAGUGUAACCCCAUCCAGGACAGGGUAUGUAUCCACCAUCUGACCAGAGAAACCAUCCACCAGCAGCAUCUCAGUCUUAUCCGGAUUGAGUCUCAGUUUGUUAGUUCUCAUCCAGUCCAUUGUCGUGUCCAGACAACAGUUCAGCACAUCGACCGCCUCACCUGAAGAAGAUGAAAAGGAGAAGUAGAGCUGCGUGUCAUCAGCGUACUGAUGACAACGCACUCCAAAACUCCGGAUGACUGCACCCAACGGCUUCAUAUAGAUAUUAAAGAGCAUGGGAGACAAGACCGAACCCUGCGGGACCCCAUAUUGGAGAACCCACGGGGUCGAGCAAUGUUCCCCAAGUAUUAUCUUCUGGAGAUGGCCCGCCAAGUAGGAGCGGAACCACUGCCAACUCCGCAAGUCUCUCCAGAAGGAUACCAUGAUCGAUGGUAUCAAAAGCCGCUGAGAGAUCAAGGAGAAUCAACAGAGUUACACUCCCUCUGUCUCUCUCCCAAUAUAGGUCAUCACACAGGGCGACCAAGGCCGUCUCAGUGCCAAAACCAGGUCUGAAACCCGAGUGAAAUGGAUCUAGAUAAUCGGUUUCAUCCAAUAGCGCCUGGAGCUGGUCAGCAACCACUCGUUCCAAGACCUUGCCCAAGAAUGGAACAUUUGCCACUGGUCUAUAGUUGUUAAAGUCCUCUGGGUCCAAGGAAGGUUUUUCCAGGAGUGGUCUCACCGCCGCUUCUUUCAGACAGCCAGGGACCACUCCCUCUCGUAAAGAGGCAUUUAUCACUUCCUUGGCCCAGCCAGCUGUUCCAUCCUUGCUAGUUUUUAUAAGCCAAGACGGGCAAGGAUCAAGUACCGAAGUGGUUGCACGUACCUGUCCAAGCACCUUGUCCACGUCCUCGAACUGAACCGACUGAAACUCAUCCAACAAAACAUGACUAGACUGUGUUCCAGACACCUCAUUAGGACUAACUGUCAUAAAAUGGGAAUCUAGGUCCCGACGAAUGCAUAAGAUCUUAUGCUGGAAGUGCUUAGCAAACUCAUUACAGCGGGCUACCGAUGUAUCUACCAUGUCCUGUGGGCCAGGGUGGAGUAGCCCUCGGACAACUCUAAAAAGCUCUGCUGGGCGGGAGAGAGAUGACUUAAUAGUGGCGGCGAAAUGUUGUUUCUUCGCCGCCCUCACCGCACCUACAUACCGCUUGGUAGAAGCACAAACCAGCGCAUAAUAAUCCAGGGACUGCAACCUAUAAAAUAGUACAAGAUGACUCUCCAAUCAAUCAAAGCCAGUCUCAGACAAGUAAACACAGUCCAACAAUCUACAAUGAAUAACAGAUCUGUCCUUGCCCACUAUACAUGAACUAGCAAUAGUAUCAAAUAUUACAGAAAUUAGAUGCUUACAGUACUAAGUAUAACGCAAGCCAAUAUUGAAUCCUGUACCUAGUUGAAUGUAAAGGUAUAUCAUGUGACACUCCUGGAAGUUGAGGACUCUGGGAAUGUGCAAAAGCUGUGAAUGCUAACACACAUCUCUCCCCCUCUUCCCUCUACCAGCCUUUUUUUUCUACUUUAGUUUGGUUUUGUGUUACUGGUUGAUAAAUGAAACACACAACUCAAUAAAACGUUAAUUGUUAGAAAGCCAGUUUCAGAGAGCGGCCAAGAAAGUGGUGAUGCACCAUGUCCCUAAGGAGCAUAUGAGACCCAGUGGAGCCAGAGGUGGGGAACCAGUAGUCCCCCAGAUGUUGCUGGACUAAAACUCCCAUUAGCCAUGAUUGUUGGCGAUGCUGGCUGGGGCUGAUGGGAAUUGUCCAGGCACAUUUGGAUGGCCCCAGGUUUCCCACCCCUACAUUAGAGAAACAAAUGUGAAAAAGACUGGUGGUAACCCUUCUUGUGAGGCAUUGCAAGAUAUAACUACAAUUAAUACAGGUGCGCUCUACUGAAAAGCCACUGACAGCAUUUGACUUUUCAGACUAUUAGAUUUUAAUACAUUUCAAACUUUUCAUGUUAGUUUUUGUCUAGAUGUAUAUAGUAUGAGGCACUAUCUUAAUGUUGGAUGCAAAACAAAUUGAUGAUACACAUGUGCACUACAUUCUGGCAACAAGAAGGGAGUAGCAGUCUUCUCAAACCUCAUGUCUAGGUGCAAAUUCAAAGGGUGAUUUUGUCUGUGAUUAGGCUGAUACAUAUGAUUAAGUCUGUGCUGAGCUUUGGUAUUUUUCCCCACUAGAAAGAAAACAUAGCUAUAACUUAUAGGCCUGAUUGUGUUCUUACACAAUUUUUUAAAAAGGAGAAUAUUAAAAUAGUAGAAGUGGAGACCAGAAUUAAUUUAGGUAUAGGUAGAUAUGGUUACUAAAAGGUGGAAAUGGAUUAGGAUUGGGAGGUUAAGGGAAAUUAGUGUGUUUGGUGUUUUGGUUUUAAAUCAAGUAUUUUACAUCUAGGGAGGAAGUAUAUGCUACAGUACAUGUUGGAUUAGUCAGAUUGUUUAAUGUAUUAAAGAUAUUUAAACAGUGACUAUGAACAUGACGUUUAUUUUUUUAAAAGGUAUUGCGCAAAUCAUAAUAGAAUACGUAUGAUAAAUAUUCUGAGUAUGCAGUUGUGUAAUGUCCCUUCAAAACUAUAGAUUGUAUUAAUGUGUUGCUUAUAACAAAAUGGAGCAUUAAGAGUGUAAUGGAUUGCUUUAUAUUAUGUCUUUUAAUUGUUAAACCAAAUACUAGAAUUGGUUAGUGAAAUAACUAAUCUUUGUCUAGUACUUGUGCAGUUUGUAGCUGAAGGCAGUGCUAGCUCCCAGCUACAGCUGCAGAAUGCAUUUUUGUGUUUGACAUCUGCUUGUCUGCCUUGAUCUGAUUGCCUUGGAGCAGUCAUGUGACCUUCACUAUGUGAAUCAGAGAGAACGGCUUAAAACAAUUUUUUUUUCUGAACUGGGGAGGGGGGGAAUCUGUAUUCAGCUGCCUAAAAUAAUUUGCCAGCCCUUGAGGCUAGCACGGGCCAUUAAACUCCAGAAAGUUUUGCCAGCUGUGCUGUGGUACUGUCACUUUCAUUAAUUCAUCAGUGGUGAUUUCUGCAUAUCAGGCUGCAGGUGUUGUCGCUUCUGAUUGUUCAGUUUCUGUGCAAUGAACUGUUGCUGAUGCCUUUUCCCUAGGGUAUCCUGUUUAAAGCACCCCUCAAAUCCAGGCCACACACUGGAGUAAACAUUGAUUACCCUCUCCAUAUUGGAAAAUGCCCAAGUGUGGUAGCCCUUCAAUGCAGUGGCAUAAAAACUCUAUUAAAAGAGUAGUAUGUGUUACAGUUGGCUCUUAUGUAUAGAACCACUCUUGUCUAAUGAAUAGAACUGUGUUUCUGUAGUCUGCAACUUUGUCUUUAUGGGGUUGACAGUGCAGUUGCUACUAUAUAUAGUACCAUCUAUGGUACCAAGACAACAUACCAAAUUAAUACAUCUUAAGUAUAAUCACAUGCUUUCUGUGAACUUGACAGGUAAGUGUACUAUAUAAAAGUAGAGCAUUUUUUCCUACAUGCAAUUGCUGAUCAAGUGCAAUUGCUGCCCAGUGAUAACUGAAUUUUCAUUAAACAUAUGGGUCUGCAUAUGCCUAUCUUCUCUUCUUGUUGAGUAAGAAUGAAGCAAGAUAUUCUUAUCCAUGGUUUGAUUAUAUAGGCUCACCAUUGUUUUUUAUUAAUUGGAAUGCUAAAACAUGCAUUUUUGUACCUUUCAUUGCAAAAUGCAGCAUGUUAAAUGUGAAGACAGGUGUAUAAGAACAGUACAGAGAAUUUAAUUGCACAGUGCUGUCUCUGCAUUUUUGUCCUGCUGAAAAUAGAUUUCUAACAGUUUCCAAUAUUUUUAAUUAGGCUUAAAAUAAGGCAAAAUGUAAAGAAGAUAUGCUGGUAUGAGAAUUGUAUGGUGUGACUUGUUUGGUUUUAAUUAUUGAUAUAGAAAGAGUCUUGCUUAUCAGCCUGCUGUGGUGGGCAUAGUCCAGAUGCUUCCCCUCUGCUAACAUAUUCCUCUAAAUUUACCACUGGAAUAGGGCGGAAAUCCACUGAAUCGGAUACUGAUAUGCUUGACUACUAAACUACAUUACUGUAGUUCUGUUCUUAAAGACACUCCAGUGCUAUAUUUAAAUGUAAAAAAAAGUCAAGAGCAAAACUUGUUGCUUCGUGGUACCAUGAAUGUGAUAUACCAAGAAAUUCUUAUUUGUAGCAAUGUUAUCCUAGUUUCUAGCUCCUGCUGUAUCUUCAACCAGGAAUGCUACAAGUACAGGGAGAGUACUGAAUACAAGUCGCACUUGAAUCUUAACUAAAGCAUUCAACAGUAUUGGAUUUUAUUUCAGUAUACCUUUUAUUCCUAUGAUUGUAUUGGUUCUGUGAACCACUUCUAAGUUAUAAAUUAAAUUGAUUUACUCUG